GGUCACAGCUCGCUUUUGGACAAUGAACCAUUCCUUGCAGGACCCUGGCUCUCGAGGCAUUCACGAAGAAGGAAAACUUUAUAUUGUGGAUUCCAUAAACGACUUAAACAAGCUGACCCUCUGCCCUGCCGGAUCGGAGCACUUGUUCCCGCUAGAGGAGAAGAUCCCAGAUGCUGGCGGGAACUCGGGCGGUGGAAGCCCUGGUCUAUUUCUCCUGGGACUUCUCAUUGUGCUGGUCGUCAGCUUGGCACUGGUUUUCUUCGUGAUCGUUCUGAUAAUUCAAACCGGAAGCAGGAUGGACGACGUGUCCAGAAGGCUGACCACCGAGGGAAAGGACAUAGCCGACCUUAGGAAAAUGAACAGCCUGAUCAUCAAGCGGCUCAACCAGCUGGACUCCGAAGGAAACUAGAGACCGGAUUCCCCAGGGCUUAGCGGCUUGCACCUGAGCUGCUCAGCGUCCUGGAGGGGCCUGGGGCUGGACCCUGGGCAGCUCACUUCCUCAGGCCGCAGGACAUUGGGACAAGCCCACAGGGUCGGAGGAGCCCCGGGGCAGGGGACUUUGGAGACAGCAGCUGGAAAGUGAACGUGACCCAGCUUGUUCUCUGCUGACCCGGGCUGAUUGGCGUUGAAUGAACCCCAGAAUCCAGCUCUGUGCGUGCAGUUUUUCUUACAGGAGGAGCUCUGUGUAGAACAAGUUCAGUGUGCCAGUGGGGUUUGGGAUGUCCUUGUAAGCCUAAGGAAUUCACUGAACUGUAGGUGUUUUGGGGAGGGGGGGCUUCCACUUUUUCAUAACAGACACUGUUCCUGCUCAGGUGUGAGACUUUGGCUCUCUUUUCCCAGAGUCAGUGAUGGAGGUGGGAGGGGGCUUUCAGAGCAAGGUGCUAUGAGGUGAUCACUGGAGAAAUCCCGGGUGUUAGUUAUGGGUGUGCUGGGGCCUAAUAAAUUGUAUUACCUCGACGGAGCUCCUGUGUUGCUCCAAUUAUCUGAAAGUACAGCAGCGCCCACGCGGGAACAGGAAGAUGACAGAGUUACUGCAGUUACAUAAACCUUGUUAAAACUUUGUCAUUAAAAAAAAAAAAAGUCCCUCAGCGCCUUGCUCAUCAGUUUGGAGGAAAUGUGAUCGACUUGUCACCUUUGCCAAACCAGAAUAGAAAACUGUACUUAGAAUAUUUGGAAUCUCUCUUGCUUAGCACGAAGAGUAAGGUCUAUGUGAUACAGGA